UGGUAAUUGUGACACAUACCUCUUCACGAUAUUUCACAUCUCUCCAUGUAGGCAAACAAUGUGUUGCAGAACAGUAGAUGACACUGUGUUAAAAGGAUUUUUGCCGAAACAUCACCCUCUUGUCCAUGGGCUGUGUCCGUUCUCGUCUCUCUGCUGCUCUGGACAAUCAUUGGUGGGAGCAGGGGUGAUCUGCUCCAGGAGUGCCUAAAGGAUCCCGACUAUGAAGAAUAUCUGGAUAUUGUCAAGUAUGGAUUACCAUCUUCUAAGAUGCUUAAUCCGAAGCACAUAGUGAUUGUUGGUGCUGGGAUGUCUGGACUCUCAGCAGCCAAAACUUUACAGGAUGCAGGACACAGAGUAACCAUACUGGAAGCCAGCAAUAGAGUUGGAGGUCGUAUUCUGACACACAGAGAUCCAGACGGCUGGUAUGCCGAGCUGGGACCCAUGCGUCUUCCAUCAUCUCACAGCAUUGUACGUGAAUAUAUUAAACAGAUGGGACUGAAAUUAAACACUUUUAUUACAUCUGAUGAAGACACUUUCAGUUUGUUCAACAAUAUCAGACAUACAAACAGAGAGGCCAAAACGACACCAAAUCUGUUUGGAUUUGAUCUAGAACCUGGAGAGAAAGGUCAAUCUGUUAAUGAUCUUUUUUACGAAUCAGUUCACAAGGUCGUAAAAGAAACAAACAGAAAUUGCAAUGAAAUAUUAGGCAAAUUUGACAAAUCUUCCGGGCAAUCUUUCUUGGUGGAAGAAGGAAGUUUAAGUGCAGGAGCUAUUCAAAUGAUUGGACACUACAUGGCAUUAAACGGUGAUUGGCACACUUCAUUUUUGGAAUCAAUAUUUGAUGAAUCAGUCUUCAAUGCCAGCAGGAUGGAUGAGAUCACAGGAGGUUUUGACCAGUUACCCAUAGCUUUAUCACGUCAUGUUAGAAGCGCCAUCAGAUUGAAUUCUACUGUAGUUAAAAUUUUGAGGACGGAGAAAUCUGUGAUCGUCCAGUAUCGGAAAGAUAAGUCCUCUGCUCUCACCAUGAUAUCUGCAGACUAUGUCAUUAUCACGUCCACCGCCAAGGCCACUAGGCGUAUAGAGUUCAGUCCUCCACUGAGUAACGAGAAGUACAAUGCUCUGAGUUUCGCUCACUAUUCAGGUGCCACAAAGAUUUAUCUCAGCUGUAUUGAGAGAUUCUGGGAGAAGGAUGGGAUAGUUGGUGGAAAAAGUUCUACUGAUCGACCAUCUCGUUACAUCUACUACCCAAGUCAUAACUUCACCAAUGGAAGAGGUCUCCUCCUGGCAUCAUACACCGACGAAGACGAUUCCAUGUUUUUUAUAUCCCUCAGUGAUGAAGAUUGUGUUGAUAUCGUCCUGGAAGACUUGUCCAUCAUCCACAGGAGACCAAAGGAGAUACUGAGAAAACUCUGCCCAAAGUAUGUGGUGAAGAAGUGGAGUCUGGAUCCAUAUUCCAUGGGAGCAUUUGCCUAUUUCACACCAUAUCAGUUUGGAGAUAUGUAUGAAUACUUAUCCACACCAGAAGGCAGAAUUUACUUUGCUGGGGAGCACACAUCACUUCCUCAUGGCUGGAUCGACACCGCUUGUAAGAGUGGUUUGAAGGCAGCAAAAGAUAUUCAUAGGGAAGCCAACAUGUUCUUCCAUCACUGAGUUUUACUUUAUUUCUGAAGAAAAGCUAUGAAUGCCGUGUUGUAAAGUCUGCUAAAUAAUAUUUUUGGUUUUGUUCUAUCUUAGAAUUAAAUAAAAUUCAUAUAUUAAAUUAG